CCUCCAUGCCGCUCCCAUCUGAGACGCAUUCCCCGCAACAAUGGCCUCUGCCGAUUCCGCGCAGCACAGCCUCCCAGACGAGGUGAUUACAUGCCUCCAAAACGCGCGAUUCCUGCACCUCGCAACCUCGUCCAACAACGUUCCGCACAUCUCCCUCAUGAACUACACGUACCUGCCGUCGACGCCCUACUCCGCCCACCCCACCAUCAUCAUGACCACGCCCUCGUCCUCCCAGAAGACCCACAACCUCGAAUCCAAUCCGCUCGUGUCGCUCCUCGUCCAUGACUGGGUCUCCCACCGGCCGCCUACGCUGGGCCAGCCAGGCCGCUCUCCCUCGCCCUCGCGCCCCAAUCCGCGCUCCGGGUCGCUCGCCGAACUCCUGCUCGGCAUGAACACGGCCUCGUUGAGCAGAAUCAGCACCACUAUCAAUGGGGUCGCCGAAAUUGUUCCGCGCGGCAGUCAACAGGAAGCGUGGUGCAAGGCGCAGCACUUGGCGAAUAACACGUUUGAACCGACCGAGGACAGCUAUUCCAGCUCGCCUGUCGGCGGUGGUCUAUGGGGCGGGGGCGGCCUGGAGCGGCAGCAACAGGACGAAGGCACAAGGGAAGGAGACGGUGGGACGAGGUGUUACGUUGACGGGGAUGAGGUCAGGGUAGUCGUUGUCCGCAUCCGUGAUGGAAGGAUAGCAGACUGGAAGGGACAGGUGAGGGAUUGGGUCGUCGGGGGCGAGCAUGGACCGGGCAUACCAAACGGUGUCUAAAGACCGCCUUGUGCCCUUGGGUGGGCAAAAACUCGAUACCAUUGCCAAUACCAAUACAAAGAUGAUGCCAACCAACCUCCAAUAUUCGCUCCAUGUUGGGAAUGCGCCUCCAUCCGUCUAUGAACGUUGUCAUGUCGCGUUAUGCUUGUGUUUCCCUCACCACCUAUAUAAUACACCAGAAACGCCUAGGCUCGCAUCUUCACAAACCCCCUAUAGCAUGACAACCGAACAUGCAGGACUUGAGCCUGCUAAAUCCCGUUUCUUCCGAACUCCGCCGCUAAUAUGCGCAAAUGUGAGCCAAAAUGCAAAGAAAACGAGGUCAAAUGAAAGGACGUAAUGUGACAUGAUCAAACUUU